AUGGCAGCCGUAGACGUGGAGGAUGAGAGUAUCCUGGCAUCUAUCUUUAAAGAUAGUUUUCCAGACAAUUGGCGAGAAAAUCCAGACUUCGCAGCUUACCUGGCAGAGCUUAGCUCGUAUGGCGUGGAUACGUUAAAUAGGGAACCCGAGAGGUUGUCUGAAGAAAGGGCUCAGAUUUUGCAGCAGACCCGUGAACUAGCUUUCUCCAACUACAAGACAUUCAUCCGCACAGCAGAUUGCACAGAAGAAAUAUAUCGAGAUUUUGGACGUGUUGAGAGCAGCGUCUCCAAACUCCUCGACAAAUUGCCCAGCUUUGGAGAAAAAUGCAGAGGCUUUAUGAAGGAGGCAGAGGACAUUGGUGCGAGCCGACGCAUGAACAGCUUGACACUAAACCGCCACACAGAGAUAUUGGAGAUCUUGGAGAUCCCUCAGCUCAUGGACACCUGUGUCCGUAAUGGCUACUACGAGGAGGCUCUAGAGCUGGCGGCUUAUGUCAAGAGGCUGGAAAAAAAACACUCCUCCAUACCAGUUAUUCAGGGGAUUGUCUAUGAAGUCCGCCAGUCUGCCCAGCUUAUGCUGAACCAGCUCCUUCAGCAACUGCGUAGCAACUCCCAACUCCCAGUAUGCCUGAGGGUAAUCGGCUAUCUGCGCAGGAUGGACGUCUUCACCGAAGCCGAGCUCCGAGUGAAGUUUCUACAGGCUCGGGGAAGCUGGUUACACUCCAUGCUGGCAGCCAUUCCAGACGAAGAUCCUUACUUCCACAUCACCAAAACAAUAGAGGCGUGUCGAGUGCACCUGUUUGACAUCAUCACCCAGUACCGGGCCAUUUUCUCAGAUGAAGACCCACUCCUGCCAGCAGCAGGCCAGGUGGUGAAUGAGAGUGCAAUAUUCCACGGCUGGGUGGUUCAGCAAGUCGCACACUUCCUGGAAACCCUGGAAAGGGACCUGCAGCGUGGUAUAGGGGGCCGCGUGGACUCUCUCCUGGGACAAUGCAUGUACUUUGGUCUCUCCUUCAGCAGGGUUGGCGCCGACUUCCGUGGGCAGCUGGCACCAAUGUUUCAGCGCGUAGCCAUGGAUACGUUCUGCAAGGCCGUGCAGGAAGCUGUGGAGAAGUUCCAGGAAGACAUGAAUCUGUACACGCUCAUCUCCCUGCCCUCUGUGCUGGGCAGUGCCAUCCCACCGGCUGCUCCGACCACUCAGCCUGGCACGCUGCAGCCUCCUAUGGCACUGCUGAAUUUCCCUCCACUGGCAUGCUUCCUCAAUAAUAUCUUGACUGCUUUCAAUGACCUUCGGCUAUGUUGUCCCAUCGGAUUGGCCCAGGAUGUCACAAAACAGCUCGAGGAUGCACUGAUCAAGGUGACCAAGCUCAUCCUGGUGUUUCACCGAGCAGAAGAGUCAGCCUUCAGCAGUAAAGAAAAGGAGUUGUUUGUUCAGUUCUGCUGUGCAUUCGCUGAGGACAUGGUGCCUUUCCUGAACAGAUGCUUGCAGGUCCUCUUUCCUCCUUCUCAGCUGGCAUUGAUACUAGGGAUUCCUCCAACACAAGUGCAUAAGCAUGGCAGUCUUGGAUGCAUUGAUGUGAAGAAUGUUUUGGAACCUCUUGAGUUCGUCCUGCCCAAAAGAGAAGUGCCCAUCCCUGUAGUGGACCUGAGUGACAGUCUAAGCAGCUUGACCACGCAAGAACCAGAAGCUGAACCUGAGGAGAAACUUUCUGAACCUGAGGAGAAACUUUCUGAACCUUUGCAAGUACCUGCCGAAACCACAGAGCCUUCCAUAGAAGAACCAACUGUUAAUGAAAUCACUGACGCUACAGACAAUCUCUCAAAAGAUGUGGACCUAGACGACAUGGAGGAUUUCUUGUCGGGUGAAUGAACAGUUAGAAUUCAUGUGGGUGCUGGGGUAGUGCAUUAAGUUAUUCAGACUCAGAGGUUCUGAAAUACAUCUUAGUACAGUACAUCAGUAAAAUCUAUUCAUGUACAGUACAGUUUUAUAAUACAAAGCUUAUAUGGUUCAAUCUAAGAAUGUUUUGGUAUGUAUUAUUGACACAGAUGAAUAAUGGGUUGUAAAUGUUUAAUAAAUAUUGUCAUGUUACAAUGGGAAAGAGAUCAUCCGAAGACAUAAAA